AUGCUAGAAGGGAAUGAGAAGAAGACGAGCAAAAAAAAAGAAGAAGAAGAAGGGGGGAAAUACAAUGACCACGGGAUGGCAGAGAAGCGAAGGUCAGGGGGAAAAACUGCAGGCAAGGCAGAAAUGAGUGGGAAAAGCCAGUUGGGGAAAAAGAAAGAAAAACGGAUGAUAGGAAAAAGAAAGAAAGAAAAAUGA